AUUUUACUGAGACGGAGCUGGGUGAGGACAUGUAUUGUUGGAUAACCGGUGUGGAUGUAAACGCACUGUGACUAAAGAUCUCCACCAUGUUGGCUUGUAAACGCAGUUUGACCAGCACUAUGACCUCUGCUCUCCGGGUCCUUCGCAGUAACCCAUCUUUGCCUCCUCAGGUCGCUGUUUGCAGCCAGGUGCAGAGACGUCUGUCCACUCAAACAGACGGAGAGGUCCGCAUCGCACAGAUCCUGAAGGAGAAGUUUCCGUCAGCCUCGUCGCUUAAAGUUGUGGAUAUAUCAGGUGGUUGUGGGGCCAUGUAUGAGAUCCACAUAGAGUCCAGUGAGUUCAAAGGAAAAAGGACGGUGCAACAACACCAGUUAGUCAAUCAGGCUCUCAAGGAUGAGAUUCAAGGAAUGCACGGACUGCGAAUAUUCACUGAGAUUCCCAAACAUUAGAGCAAGUCCUCCCACUGUUCACCCACAGCUUUUCCCUUUGUUCACCCUAGCUAUUAUGAAUGUACAGAGGAUAUUGUGUAGUAAACAUUAACAGUGAGAAUUGUGUAAUGAAUGUGAGAUUACACUAAAUAGUUAUUUUUUAGUGAGGUAUCUUCUCCUCUGAGAUAAUCUGAGACAACCUGUGAAGGCUAUGAUACGCACAAAACGACUUGGUAAAAUGCUAGUAAUAUGUCAAGUCAUGUUGGUCCUCUCAGGGUUGAAAUGAUGCUGGUAAUGAAAAGCAAUCCAGGAAGUAAUAAAUAUAACCAACUUGAAUAUUGGAGAUUUGCUACAGAACCUUGUUUAAAACAGUUUGUUGAGCUGUACUUUGUAAUGUCACUCAAAUUGUGAUCACUGUGUACAUGCUACAGUCCUAUGUAAGGUCAUAUAAACUGAUUACAAUCCACUGGAUUGUACAUGGACCAUAUAUUUAUGCUGCCUAUGCACCAAUAAUUCAAGUUGCAAUAAAAAGCAGCUGCUUUCCCCCA